AUGAGGCAUUUGGUGAAGAACUUCCAGAAGAGGUACAAAGGUGUUGUGUUCAAGAAGCAUUUGUGGCCAUGCAGCAGGGCAUACAACCAGCAGCAUUAUGAGUACCAUUACAACAUAAUGAAGAAGGCUUCACCAAAUGUAAUCAAAUGGAUAGAACAAACACAUAAGCACUUGUGGAACAGAUGGAAGUUCUCUCACGCCAGCAAAUGUGACUAUGUAACAAACAACAUUACAGAGACAUUUAAUAGUUGGAUUAGAAUGGAGAAGUCACAGUCAGUCAUAUCUCUGAUGGAUAGGAUCAGACAGAUGAUCAUGGAGAAAAAUGCAGCGAGAAGGACACUUGCAGAGAAGCUAAAUGAUAGGAUUCUACCUAACAUCACAAAGGACCUAAAUGCUAGGAGCAGGAACCUGAAUUAUGUCAUACACAAAGGACCUAACAACACAGUAGAGAUUCAGGGUACUACUAAGGAAUUGAAAACUUGGAGACACACUGUUGAUUUGGACAACACAUCAUGUAGCUGCCAAAGGUGGCAGAUAACUGGGCUACCAUGUACUCAUGCACUUUGCUUGAUCAAUGCAUUGACGAACAUGAAUGUGGAAGAUUAUGUACAUGAGUACUAUUCUGUAGCCAUGUUCAAGAAGGCUUAUGAAGGGGUUGUGCAUCCCAUGACAGAUAGAAGCCAAUGUCCUAAGGUUGAGAUAGGCUUUAAACUUUGGCCUCCAGCUUUUAAAAGAUCAGCAGGACGACCAAGGACAAGGAGGUUGAAGGGAGCUGAAGUAGGUGGCAAGGGAACUCGUAGACAGAUGCAGUGCAAAAGAUGUGGUCAAUUUGGGCACAUGAUGAAGACUUGCAAUGAGACAGUGUAUGACUCAGAUGCACCUCCUCCUGCAGCAGCUAAGCCCAAAAGAAGCAAGGGAAAGAAAAGCAAGCCAGCUUCUACAGUUUCUACCCAGCAGUCUCAGGUUGGAGGAAGCACUUUCUGCACCUGUAGCCACAAAAGGAUGUUGGCCAUGACAAAUGGAAGUUCAUCCCCUCCUAAGAAGAUCAAGGUGACGACUAAGAGGACACCAAAGAGGAAGAACACUACUAGCAUGGCAGCCAAGAAGAAACUAGUCAUGGAUAAGCACAAGUAG